AUGUUGGCUCCUUGUGCCGGUGCGAGAGCGGCGCUGCGCGUCCUGCCACCAAUCUCGAGGGCACAGGGGCUGAGGCCGAGGUCGCUGCCACUGCUCAGACGGACAUGUUCACCAUCUAGCCAUCCGUUCAGCGUCCCGUCAAGGCUGUUUUCAAUAUCCCAGAGCGUGCGAGACGACGAAGCCACGAAAAAGGCGAAGCGACUGCACGAAAAGGCCGACGAUGAGACGGACCAAGUUGCCAAGCGCCAGGGAGCCCAAAAGAAGGCCGACGACAGGCCCUGGCAUCGAGAGAGUGGGAGCAAGCAGUACAAGGUGACGUCGCCCGAUCCCUCGGGAGGUGACGAGUCCAAAGGUAGACUCUUGACGACGCCCACACGCUUGCUCAAGCUUAUCCUGCCCAUACCGUUCCAUCCCGAGCAACAAACCAUCAACGAAUCCGAGGAAGAGAGAAAGAGCCACGAGAAGAAUGGCAGAAGGACAGAGGCCCUGGCAUUGUUGGUACAUCCCCAACAGCCGCUAUCCUACCUCGAGCGCCUGAUACAGGCGGAGAUACCCCCCCUGAAAGUCAAUGGGCGCGAGAAGCUUCCCGACAUCAUCUUCCGAGCCGAAGCGGACCACGAAGAAGCCUCAAGCAGAUCCGGCGAGGAGGGGAGGAGCAACGUGGCGUCGUACUCGGGUCUCGGCCGCGAGGGUCCUGCUCACGACAGCGAGGCGAACUGGGUGCGAUGGAGCGGCAGCACCGAAGUGGGCGACUUUAUCCGGGACGCAGCGCGCGGCAGAGAAUUUGCCAUCAACAUCGAGGGCUACAACAAGGAGCUGCGGGUGGCGGUGCCCAGCUUCAAGGAUCGGACGUACUACAUGCGGCUGCAGCUGCGGCGCAUGUCCAAGGAGAUUGACGAAAUGGCCAAGAUCAAGGCCGAGUGCGACCUGGUCGCCCACAAGGGGGCUCACCGUCUGGCGCAGGGCGGAUUCGCGGCCCUGGCGAGCUGGUGGUGUGUCGUCUACUACGUGACGUUUCACACGGACUUUGGAUGGGAUCUGGUCGAGCCGAUUACUUACCUGGCUGGGCUGACGACGAUCAUGGGGGGUUACCUGUGGUUCCUGUUCAUCAGCCGGGAUCUGAGCUACAAGGCGGCGAUGAACGUGACGGUGUCGAGGAGGCAGCAUGCGCUGUAUCAGGAGCGAGGGUUUGAUCCGCAAAAGUGGGAGCACCUUUUGCACGAGGCGAAUGCACUGCGACGAGAGAUUAAGGCCGUGGCGAUGGAGUAUGGCGUCGAAUGGGACGAGAUGAAAGAUUUGGGCGGGAAGCAGGUGAAGAAGGUGUUGGAGAAGGAGAAGAAUGGGAAGAAGGACCAGGUGGAGGAGGAGGAGGAUGAGGAGGAUGUGCACGUGGAGAAGAAGAGCAGGGAGGAACGGGAGCUGAACAAGGGAGAGUGA